AUUUCACUCUGUAAAGAGGGAGUGAAGAUGGCGGACGUGUUGAGUGUUCUGCGUCAAUACAACAUCCAGAAGAAAGAAAUCGUCGCCAAGGGAGACGAAGUUAUUUUCGGAGAGUUCUCCUGGCCAAAAAAUGUUAAAACCAACUAUGUUAUUUGGGGAACGGGGAAGGAGGGUCAGCCCAAAGAAUACUACACUUUGGAUUCCAUCUUGUUCUUGUUGAACAAUGUACAUCUUCCUCACUCGUCUUAUGUGCGCCGAGCUGCAACAGAGAAUAUUCCUGUGGUCAGAAGACCUGACAGAAAAGAUUUGCUUGCUUAUUUAAAUGGAGAAAGUUCAACUUCUGCAAGUAUUGACAGAAGUGCACCAAUUGAGAUUGGUUUGCAAAGGCCUACUCAAGUUAAGAGAGCAGCAGAUGACGCGUCAUCGGAAGCCAAAAAGCCUAGAGUAGAGGAUGAGGAACGUGUACGUCUUGACAAGGAGCGACUGGCAGCUCGACUGGAAGGCCACAAAGAAGGCAUUGUACAAACGGAUCAGAUCAGGUCUUUGUCAGAAGCCAUGUCUGUUGAAAAAAUUGCUGCCAUCAAAGCUAAGAUUAUGGCCAAGAAAAGAUCAACAAUUAAGACUGACUUGGAUGAUGACAUCACUGCGCUGAAACAGAGAAGUUUUGUGGAUGCAGAGGUUGAUGUGACCAGAGAUAUUGUCAGUAGAGAGAGAGUGUGGAGAACAAGGACAACGAUUUUACAAAGCAGCGGAAAGAACUUCGCUAAGAACAUCUUUGCAAUUCUGCAGUCUGUGAAAGCGAGAGAAGAGGGACGUGCCCCUGAACAAAGACCAACACAGAAUACAGCGCAGGUGGACCCUUCCUUAAGAAACAAGCAACCAGUGCCAGCUGCUUACAACAGAUAUGAUCAAGAGAGGUUCAAAGGAAAAGAAGAAACGGAGGGUUUCAAAAUCGACACCAUGGGCACCUACCACGGCAUGACUUUGAAAUCAGUGACGGAAGGGGCUUCAGCCAGAAAAGCGCAGACACCAACAGUACAGCCUGUACCAAGACCAGUUUCUCAAGCCAGACCUCCUCCAAACCAAAAGAAAGGAUCUCGAACCCCUAUUAUCAUCAUACCUGCAGCAACUACUUCAUUAGUCACCAUGCUAAAUGCAAAAGAUCUUCUGCAGGACUUAAAGUUUGUGACGUCUGAGGAAAAGAAAAAACAAGGAUUUCAACGAGAAAAUGAAGUCUUACUUCAGAGGCGAAAGGAUCAGAUUCAACCAGGUGGAACAACACUGAGUGUCACUGUGCCGUACAGGGUGAUAGACCAGCCCCUCAAACUGGCUCCCCAGGACUGGGAUCGUGUUGUGGCAGUGUUUGUCCAAGGUCCUGCUUGGCAGUUUAAAGGUUGGCCAUGGUUGUUACCUGACGGCUCACCAGUUGAUAUUUUUGCAAAAAUCAGAGCCUUUCAUCUUAAAUAUGACGAAGCAAAGACUGAUCCCAACGUGCAGAAAUGGGAUGUGACAGUACUGGAGCUGAGUCAUCACAAAAGGCAUUUGGACAGACCAGUGUUUUUGCGCUUCUGGGAAACUCUGGACAGGUACAUGGUGAAGCACAAAUCCCACUUGCGAUUCUGAGCUGGAACUGCCACUCAUUUCCUGGAGGCUGAAUUAAGAAGUAUGAGCAUCUCCCAUGCCUUGGGAAAAGAACUGUUUAACCAGCGUGUCCAUGAACUGUCAGAGCGUCAUCAGUCCAGAGCAGCCCCCAUCCUUUCCAACUUGUCUGUUGGACGUUUUUCUGCAUUGGCAAAAUUAUUGUUGUCCGCCUUAGCUAGAAGUAAAAGUUUGUGCUGCAGCUAUUUUUGUUUCGGACAGGGGGUGCCCAGGUUUCUUUUCACACCAUAUGCUUUCAUCUAUAAGCAUACCCAAAACUAUAUUUUUCAAUAUUACAGUCUUUGUUAAUGCCAGAAAAAAUCCCUUCACAUUGUCCUUCCACAGAUGGCUAUUUGAUAUUUUGUUAACUUUCAAAAUGUAAAAAAAAAACAACAGAUAAAUAGUCUGCUGAGUAUAAGGGACAGUAAGCCACGUUUUGUAUUUUGUUUUCUUUUUUUGUUUUUCUUUUUUAUUACAGUUUUAAAGCAGUAAUGUCCAACAUUAUAGCCAUAAAGCCUCACAAUUUGAGACUGUUAAGGAGGUCACAUUUAGUACAAACAGAAAAUGAAAAGGUGUAGAGCAGACUUUAUACUGUAGACUGGUCUAUACUGAAAAGUUAUAUAUAUGUGAAUCUUCUUAAAGAAAACAUAUGCAUGACAAAUACUUUGAACCUCAAAUUAAAUUUCAUGAUGGAAAAAUUAAAUUGUUAAUUUCAUAAUUAUUGUUUUAAUAAAGGUUUAAACUGAA